AUGGCUCGACAAAUUUUUCUAUUGCUACAUUUACUUACAGCAUUGAUAAUCUCACAGUUGCAAGCUUGUACGCCGUAUUCAAACAAAACUGUUUUUUAUAAACAUCCAUCACCAAGCACUCAUUUCUCAACAGGUACACUGGCUUUUUUGCAGUGUAGUUUCGGUUUAGAAAUAGGAGUCGGCUUUUUAAGUUCGAUAUGCAAUAAUGGAAUUUGGAUGCCAAUUUUGGGUGAAUGCAGAAACUUGAUUUGUUCUCCACAUUUGCCCGUUUCCAAUGCAACACUUGAAUAUACGCACAAUAUUUUAUACAUCAAUCCUUAUUCACCUGGUUCAGUCGUGCAAUUAAACUGUGAUAGUGGGUUUUAUCCGUAUGGUUUAACGAUUGCUACCUUAAAUGAUGAAAAUCGAGCAAAAUUGAUAAGUAAAAGUAAAAAGUACGCGAAGCUCGUUGAAAAAGCUUUUUCAGGACUUUGUAAAUCUGAAGUUUGUGUACCUUAUACGGCCAGCAACGUCAAAUACAUUCAGCCAGUGGGUGGAGGAAAUUUCUCGUCUGGCACUUAUGCAUACCUGACUUGUAAGAUCACAGAGAGACCAGUUGGCCCUAUGAGCUCAUUAUGUACGGUCGGAGUAUGGAUGCCACCGCUUAAGGGUUGCAAAAGUAUUCUCUGUGCUGAGCACGAGAAGAUUGAUAAUGCUGAACUUCAGUAUUUGCAAAGCACUUUUUUUUCGGAACCCUAUGCGCCAGGUUCUUCGGUAUUGAUGAUCUGUAAUAAAGGCUAUUAUGCUAUCGGUUUUACAGUGGCUUAUUGCGUCGAUGGUAAUUGGGGCCCACUUUCAAUUUGCGCACCUCUGCCCCGUUAA